AUGGAACAGAGUAGUAGCGUUUGGUUAGAGAGUGAAAUUGAAGCUGCUGAAAUUAUUGCUGAUUUGCAUCAUACUUUCCCUUUGUUCAGUCAUGUACCUUACUCAUGGGGGUGUAGAAACAAGAGAUCCGCAAUUCCUAAUAAACCUUCUUCCAAUGGCGCCGCCGCAACCAUCACCGUUGUUCCUCCUCCUCCUCCACCGUCUAACGCCGUUAAACUCAAAGCUUCAAGUCCAACAACCCCUCAUUCGUUUCCAACAACUGAAUCAGAUGACAAACCCAAACAUUCCCAAAAAAGAACUUCUCUCAAAAGGAAGAAAGAGCACUAUCUUAAUAUUAUUGAAGAUUUGACGAAAACUAAAAACUCCAUUACUCAAGAGAUUGCAAGUGUGAAACUUGAAUACGAAGAAUUGAAGGCCUUCAAUUCCAAAUUGAAAGCAAAGGGAAAGGAGCUAAAUAUUAAUGGUCCCAAAGGUGAAUACAAAAUUCCCAAUUUAGAAAUUAAUGAGCCAAUGAAAGUGAAUGAUAUCAUCAAAAAUCCAGUCUACACUUCCAAUUCCACUGUUGUAAAUGAAGAGCAAAGAAUUCAUGAUAACAACAAUUUUGGGGUUCAUCCAACGACGUCGUUGGCAGUUGCAUCAUCUUCAAUGGGCCAAAACAGUGGUAGUAUGGGCCCAUUAUCCAUUCCUGAUUUGAAUAUAUCCUUUGAAGCAAUUAAAGAUUUGAGUAAAGUAAGGGAAGCUCAAGCAAGACAGAGAAGGAUUCACAUUUUGAGACUCAAGAGAAACAAUGCCAAACAACACCAAUCUUCUUCUGCUAGAUAA